UCCCCAGCUCCCACCAUGGAAGCUUGUCACUCUCCACAGCAAUACAAGGUCACUUCCUAUGGGACCAUAACUGUGGCCAUCACCACCCUGGAGGCGUUUGCUGGCAUGUGGAUAAAUGCUUUCAUCGUUUGUGUGCUUUCCAUUGGCUGGAUCACAAAGAAAACCUUGAACUCAAAUGAGAUCUUGCUGCUGCUGGGAUGCUCCAGGAUUUGUUCCUUGUGUGUCUCAUGGGCAUAUGCACUUCUUUCAUUUAUUUAUCCCAACUACCUUUAUGUUCACCCCAUACUUCAAAUACUUACAUUUUCUGUAAUAUUUUUUAAUUUUUCCAACUUGUGGGUUUCUGCCUCUCUGUGUGUUUUCUAUUGUAUAAAAAUUGCCAAUUUCAGGAACACCUUCUUCAUCUACCUGAAAGUCAAAAUUGACAGGAUGGUGCCCUGGCUCUUGUUGGGCUCAGUGCUUUCAGCCUUGGCUUUGGGCAGUGUUAUCUGUACCUUCACUGAAACUGUGCAGGGAAACAACCUCACUAUCACCUACCUCAGAAAUUUUUGGGACACAAGUAUCAGAAUGGAUAAACAUUUUACCUCUUCUUUCUUUCUCGCUGGUUUUGGAUAUGCUUCCUCAUUCAUGGCAGUCGUCUCUUCUGCUCUUUUCCUCCUCUUUUCUCUCUGGAGACACAAACGCAAGAUGCAGACAAACUCCAUGGAGGACCUCAACAUGGAAGCCCACAUCAAAGCCAUGAAAUCGAUUCUCUCCUUCUUAGUGAUGUACACCAUCAACUUUGUAUGUUUGAUCUUGUCAACAAUUUAUGCCAUAAAGAAUGAAAAUACCAUGACACUACUUAUAUUCAUAUAUCUGCAUGCUUUUCCAGGCGUUCAUUCCCUUAUUCUGAUUUUCAGCAAUCCCAAGCUGGAAAAGGCACUGCUAAGGAUUCUCUCCUAUGUCAAGUGAGAGUUUUUAUUGAAGUAGCAACUGUGAUAAAAACACAAUUUGAGCCCAGGCAAAAUGUUGAUCUUCCACUGUAGAAAACAAGUAAUUUCUUUAAUUUCUAAUGUAGCACUUCCAUGCACUGUAGAUGAUACUGCUGUUAUCUCUUCAACAUCUAAUCUGAAGAAAAUUUCAUUCAUAUUUAUUGAGCUAAGUUAUUGUGAGCU